AUGUUCACCAAAGAAGACGCAGAAUUUGUAGCAAGACACUCAAAGAGUUCGUCUCAGCCGAUUUCCAGCAGAUUGGGCACUUUGCGAGGUUCGCGUUUGGCGGAUCACCGUGAUGUUCAUCUACAGCCCUAUUGCUCCAGUAAAACCGCACGACGUUUGCCGACAGCAACUGGGGAAGGACAGAUCGAGUGCCUGGAUUUCUCAUCCUCGGCCUUCUUGCCAUCUAGCUUGGACCAGACCCAGGAUAUAACCCACUCGAUCAUGGCCUUUGCGAAUUCUACUAUGUUUAACUCUGAUGCUCCUGCCCAGUUUAAGCCAUUUGAACCGGUUGAAAUCAUGCGCAAGCGCUUUGGAACUGGGACUAAGGUCAUGAUUGCAAUUGGGGGCUGGGGUGACACCUCUGGGUUCUCUGAGGGAGCGAAAGAUGAAGAAUCCCGCAAACGUUAUGCACGCAAUGUUGCAGAUAUGAUCAACACCUUGGGCUUUGAUGGCGUCGAUAUUGAUUGGGAGUACCCUGGUGGUAACGGAAAUGAUUACAAGAAAAUACCCGACAGCCAGAAGACCGGUGAAAUUGAGACCUAUCCUCUGUUUCUGCAAGCUAUUCGUCAAGCCAUUGGUCCAAAAAAGAUCCUCUCAAUUGCUGUCCCUGGUAAAUGCACUGGUAUGGUUGCUUUUACUAAGGAGCAAGGUCCUAAGAUUUGGCCCUCUGUGGACAUGGUGAAUAUUAUGUCUUAUGAUCUCAUGAACCGCCGUGAUAAAGCCACAAACCACCACACAAGUGUUAUGGACUCACUUAACACUGUUAAGGCUUAUGAAGAGAUUAGCCUGGACCCUACUAAGAUUAACCUAGGUUUCGCUUACUAUGCUAAGUGGUUUAUGACAGAUCCUAAUUCAGACUGUCAUAAUCGCCCACUUGGAUGCGCAGUAGUGGCUCUCGAGAAUUCAGAUGGUACAGAUGCAGGUACAUCUGGGGUAUUAACCUUUGAGAAGAGCACCAUGGCGCCGGCACCAGAUAACCUGAAACUUCCACAGACGGAGCCUGUGGGUUUAAUAAGGGGACUAAAUGUCCAGCAGGUUUAUGCUGUAGCCAGUAUGGCUAUUGUGGUAGUGACAAGAACUUCUGCCAAGCUGGCUGUCUGUCUGAUUAUGGUGAAUGCAAAGAAUGGCAAGACGGAUGAGCAGGCUGGUGGACAGUACUUCUGGGACGACCAGGCCAACCUCUUCUGGACUUGGGACACGCCUGCCAUGAUUAAGCGCAAGUCCAAGGAUAUUGUAAAUGGGGAAAAUCUUGGUGGGGUGAUGGCCUGGAGUCUGGGUGAGGACACCCUGAACUUGGAGCAUUUGAAGGCCAUGCAGGAGGGUGUGAAGGGGGUCAAGUGUCAUUGA